CUCGGAGCCUGUAUUCUUGUUUUUUUUAUUCAAACUAUAUUUUCUUUCUCAACAGGUGUCCCACCUACAUGGAACCUCAGAAUCUAACAGGCGCCUCAGAAUUCCUCCUCCUGGGCCUCUCAGAGGAUCCAGAGCUGCAGCCCCUCCUCUUCGGGCUGUUCCUGUCCCUGUACCUGGUCACCGUCCUGGGGAACCUGCUCAUCAUCCUGGCCGUCGGCUCUGACCCCCACCUCCACACCCCCAUGUACUUUUUCCUCUCUAGUCUUUCCCUGACUGAUAUUGGCUUCAGCACCGCCACCGUCCCCAAGAUGCUGGUGAACAUGCAGACCCACAGCAAGUCCAUCUCCUAUGCAGGCUGCCUCACUCAGGUGUCCUUCUUUUUUCUUUUUGCGUGUAUGGACAACCUACUCCUGGCUGUGAUGGCUUACGACCGGUUCGUGGCCAUCUGCCACCCCCUGCACUACCUGACCAUCAUGAGGCCCCGCCUAUGUGGCCUGCUGAUCGUGGUGUCAUUUGUGAUCAGCCUUUCAGACUCCCUGACUCACUGCUUGAUGGUGUCCCAACUUACCUUCUGCACACAUGUGGAAAUCCCUCAUUUC